UUGUAUUCUUUGUCUUACCUGUAUUUUCUCUCUUAAAAAUAUUUAUUAGCUUGAUAGAGAAAAAAGUUGAUGGACUGAGAGAUAGAGAGCUUUGACACAUUGAUUCAUUUCCUAGAUAAGCAUACCAAACAGGUGGGGCAGGACUGAAGCCAGGAUUGAGGAAUGGAAUCUAGGCCUCCUUCAUUGGUGACAUCACCAUUGCUUCCCCAGGUUUGCAUUAUCUGGGAGCUAGAAACUACAGCUGGCAUUGGAAGUCAUGGACACUCUGAGGUGGCAUCAUAAACAACACUAAGCUAAAUGUCUGCCCUGUCUUUUAAUAUAUUUUUUCUCUGACAUAUUGGAAAUGAUAAGCAUGGUGUUUUCCUGGAAAUUGUUUUCUGUUCAUUCCCAUCAUAGUUUCACUGAUGGUUUCUUGCCUUUUUUCUCAAUGCUUCUACAUACUUCUCCUUAACAUUGCCCAGUCAAGAGUCAGUAUUGCCCCUCUUCUAGCCUGCUGUGCAAUUCCCCUUGACAGAUGUGGCAUUUGUGAUUUGAACCUCCUGUUUCCCUCUAGGUUGGGCAUUUCUCACAGCCUGUAGAUCAUGGGUUUGACUCUGUUGAAUGCUCUGUGUGGCUUUCUAAACACUAACAAGUCUAAUGUGAAACCUUAGCCUUCCUUUUUUCCUUCAUAUCCAUACACAACUGUCAGUGUUUAUUUUGUGACAGAGUUAACAUGUUGACUGGAAGUGUAUUAUUAUAGGUAAUGACAGCAUUUGAAGACCUGGCUGUGUACUUUACAUGGGAGGAAUGGCAGAAAAUGAACAAUGCUCAGAAGAUCCUGUACAGAGAUGUGAUGCUGGAGACCUACAGCAGCCUGUUCUCCUUGGGGCACUGCAUUACCAAACCUGACUUGAUCUUCAAGUUGGAGCAAGGAGAAGAGCCAUGGAUGGUGGAUGAAUGCUUGAAUCAGAGCCUUUCAGUGGUCAUGAAAAGGGAUGACCUGAUUAGGAUCAACCAGGAAAGUCAGGACAAAAAUCUGAAUCAGGAUUUUAUGAAAAAUAACAAGACAUCAGCUCUCAAGAGAAUUGAAUUAAGAAAAACACUUAGUUUAAAUUCAAGCCAUGUUCCAACACUGAUUAUUAAAAAGGGAAUCUAUUCAGGAUUGAAGCCUGAGGAAUGCAAUAAAUGUCACACUGUGUAUCCCCCCAGUGGGCCUGAUCAACUACAGGCUGGAGAGAAAUUUGAUAACACUAAGAUACCUGGAAAAUCUCUCCAGUUCUGUGAGCCUCUUAGUCAGCUUGACAAUAUUCACAUCAUGAAGCAGCCAUUUGGACCCACUGGACAAGCAAAAGUCUUCACAAGAAAGAUGUUCUGUAAAUCUGAGAGGGUUCAUAUGGCAGAAAACCAUAAUAAGUCAACUGUCCCUUUUGGAAAAGCAACGCAAAUAGAAAAAGCUAUCCAUGAAAAUUCUAGCCUCAAUAUGCAUCAACAAACUCACACAAGAAAGAAAUUUUAUAAGUACAUUAUGUAUGUUGAACCUGUCAUUCACCAGUCACAUCUUGCAAUAAACCAGAGACUAAAUACAAGGGAAAAAGUUUACACAUGUAAACCUUGUGGAAAAUCACUCAGUUUUAAUUCACCUUCUGAAUGUAAUGACUGUGGAAAGCCUUUAGACAAAAUUCAUUCCUCAGGAAACAUCAGCAAAUUCACACAGGGGAGAAACCUCAUGAAUGUAGUGACUGUGGAAAAGCCUUUACACAGAAGUCAUACCUCAUAAACCAUCAGCGAAUUCACACAGGAGAGAAACUUUAUAAAUGCCUUCAAUGUGGAAAAGGCUUUCUGUGGAAGUCAGACCUCAUAGUACACCGGAGAAUUCACACAGGGGAGAAACCUCAUAAAUGUAAUGGCUGUGGAAAAGCCUUUGGACGCAAGUCAUCCCUCCUCAUACACCAGCGAAUUCACACAGGGCAGAAACCUCAUAAAUGUAAUGACUGUGGAAAAGCCUUUGGACAAAAGUCAAACCUCAUCAUACACCAGCAAAUUCACACAGGGGAGAAACCUCAUAAAUGUAAUGACUGUGGAAAAGCCUUUGGACAAAAGUCACACCUCAUAAUACACCAACGAAUUCACACAGGGGAGAAGCCUUAUAAAUGUAAUGGCUGUGGAAAAGCCUUUGGACACAAGUCAUCCUUCCUCAUACACCAGCGAAUUCACACAGGGGAGAAACCUCAUAAAUGUAAUGACUGUGGAAAAGCCUUUGGACGAAAGCCAGACCUCAUCAUACACCAGCAAAUUCACACAGGGGAAAAACCUCAUAAAUGUAAUGACUGUGGAAAAGCCUUUGGACGCAAGUCAUCCCUCCUCAUACAUCAGCAAAUUCACACAGGGGAGAAACCUCAUAAAUGUAAUGACUGUGGAAAAGCCUUUGGACGAAAGCCAGACCUCAUCAUACACCAGCGAAUUCACACAGGGGAGAAACCUCAUAAAUGUAAUGACUGUGGAAAAGCCUUCGGACACAAGUCAGGCCUCAGGAAACAUCAGCGAAUUCACACAGGGGAGAAACCUCAUAAAUGUAAUGACUGUGGAAAAGCCUUUGGACAAAACUCAGACCUCAUCAGACACCAGCAAAUUCACACAGGGGAGAAACCUCAUAAAUGUAAUGACUGUGGAAAAGCCUUUGGACAAAUGUCAGCCCUGCUCAUACAUCAGCGAAUUCACACAGGGGAGAAACCUCAUAAAUGUAAUGACUGUGGAAAAGCCUUUGGACGCAAGUCAUCCCUCCUCAUACACCAACGAAUUCACACAGGGGAGAAAUCUCAUAAAUGUAAUUACUGUGGAAAAGCCUUUGGACGCAAGUCAUCCCUCCUCAUACACCAGCGAAUUCACACAGGGGAGAAACCUCAUAAAUGUAAUGACUGUGGAAAAGCCUUUGGACAAAAGUCAUCCCUCCUCAUACAUCAGCGAAUUCACACAGGGGAGAAACCUCAUAAAUGUAAUGACUGUGGAAAAGCCUUUGGACAAAAGUCAAACCUCAUCAUACACCAGCAAAUUCACACAGGGGAGAAACCUCAUAAAUGUAAUGACUGUGGAAAAGCCUUUGGACACAAGUCACACCUCAUCGUGCACCAGCGAAUGCACACAGGGGAGAAACCUCAUAAAUGUAAUGACUGUGGAAAAGCCUUCGGAUACAAGUCAGGCCUCAGGAAACAUCUGUGAAUUCACACAGGAGAGAAACCUCAUAAAUGUAAUGACUGUGGAAAACCUUUGGACAAAAGUCACACCUCAUCGUGCACCAGAGAAUUCACACAGGGGAGAAACCUCAUAAAUGUAAUGACUGUGGAAAAGCCUUUUUCUAUAAGUUAUACUCAUAUGAAAACAGUUCACACAGGGCAGAAACCUUAUGAAUCUAGUACGUGUGGAAAAGCCUUUAUA